AUGGCAAUAUACCACUUUCGUAAGAUAAACGUUUACGUUGCGGCGUUUCUCAUUGCUUUGCUUAUUUUCCUGCUGUCUUCACCAUAUGUAGCUCAGUCUAAUCUUGGAACAUUUGACCCGGAUGGCAACAAUUUAACACCACCUACAUCUGAGGUAAAAGACAAAGACGCUCCUUUUAGCGAAGAUCCUCCAAACAUGUCUGGGCAUUAUAAUUUAUUGUUUGUAGUCACUUCUACAAUUGACGCCAUCCGUCAAAGGAAGUUAUUAAGAGAAGCAUUAUUUGGUAUCAAGAAUAACUUAAAGCCGUGUACUCGGCAGGAUGGUAAUGUUUAUUAUAAAUUUGUGAUUCCGCCAUAUAAAGUUGUAGAAAAAGGCACGUUAAGAGACUUUACAGCCGAAUUUGUUGAAUAUGAUGACAUUGUCGAGUUUCCAAAUAUCAGCGGUCAAGAUUUUCAAGAGUCCAUUCUUUCAUGGGCACAAGGUCUCGGAAAGAAAGGCAUCACGUAUAAUCAUCUUGUAAUUAUUAAUGACAAAACUCUUAUUAAUCUUGAGAAACUUCAACAAAUAUUGGAAGGAUCAGUCAUUCGUGGAAGUACAUUGACAAUGACUCAAAAACGUAUGCUUGUAUGGGGUUCGUUUAUGAUGCUAGAUUUUGAUGACAUGGCUAUUAUCCUUGGUCGCGAUGCUGUUGCCCCCAUUCUCGAAUCAAAGAAAAGCAUUAAAGUCGUCAACAGCAAUUUUACAAAUAUGAUUACGCGAGCUUUCCAAUACUACCAACAAAAUCCUAACGAUAGCGGAUUAUUCCUUGUAAAUGAUGACGUUGGCAUUGUAGAAUUUCCAAACGCUAUAGAAAACGUCCCAAUCAAAACGACCGUAGCUGUAGGACAUAUAUUCGAAGAAGACGAUAUGAAGGGUUUAUUUGAACACCUUUCCGUAUCCAAAACUGUGAUAUGUCAUCCUCGAAAUGAUCCAAAUAAAUUAAAUAUUGCCGUGGUCACUAGUAGUUUUGUUUAUAACGAUCUCUGUAUGCUUCCCGCGGCUCGUCUUACAGCUGAGAAUAAACGUCGUUAUGCCGAAAGACAUGGAUACUCUUUCGUAGGGAGAUCUUCAGAAUUUGCUAAUCAAAUUUACAAAAGUCGUAAAACUGUUUGGGGCAAAAUCGAUGGCGUCGAAAAAGUACUUCCACAUUAUGACUGGUUAUUCUGGCUUGAUAUGGAUACUGUAAUUAUGAAUUAUAAUGUAACUAUCGAAAGCCUUAUCGAGAAAUUUACGGAACUUGUUGGUGGAAAAGAAAAAUUUGAAAACAAACAUUUGGUUGUCGCAAGACCAUCGAACGAUAGGAUGAUUAAUGCCGGAGUUAACAUGUAUGAACAACGUGCUAUGUGGGACCUUAUGCGACAGCCAGAAUGGAUUCCUGGUACAAUAUUUUUAGACCAAGAUGAUCAUACGUUUAAUACUUUCCCUAAACGAUAUAAUAAGGGCGAUUUCGUGGUUCAUUAUGCUCCCGAUGGAUGUCCUUCCAAACCGAUCCUUGAUGCUAUUGGCAAAUAUAAUAUAUUAGAAAAAAAUCCUGAAGUGGAGGUGUCACUUGACCAUAUAAUGGAUCAUUGA